GCCCUAUCGCAGUUGAUAUCACUACUUUCUCACAAAAUCUCUCUUGGCGACUCUGUAGAUUCGUAUUUGGAAUCCUCGUCACUCAUGAGGCAAACAUUGAAACUCAAGCCGCAGCCAGAGCUCAUGUUACUCAUCCAUCAAAUAAUCUUCCUCGCCUACUAUAUGAAUUCAAAGUUGGAGAAGCUUAUUUCCUUAUGCCCUCAAGUACAAGUAGCAUUGGUUGAAGGAAAAAUUCAAGUGUAUGAAGAAGUCUUGUGGAGCAACAAUAGGAAGUGGUACUGUCUCCCUGGAAGUUGGGACAAAUUCAGGUCUGCAAGAGAAGACGCAACCCAUUUUCUCUGUCGAGGUUGUAGAGGCAAGAACCAUGAAAGAUAUGGAAAGGCUCCAGUUGAAAUCAAACACCCUCUUCAUCCAAAACAUUCUCUUCAGCUUGUCUUAUUGUACAAGUAUAGUGGAACGAGGGAAUGCCAUUGCUGUGGUGAAGAUCUCAUAAAAGUAUUUUAUUAUUGUUCAACUUGUGAUGCUGCUAUGAAUAUAGAUUGUGUGGAGAAACCACCAGUCUUAUCUAUAGACCAUCCAAAGUGGCAUGAUCAUGCGCUGGCUUUGUUUCCAAGACAGGCUUCCUUAACCUGCAAUGCAUGCGCCUUGUCCGAUUCGAGCUCUCCUAUCUAUAUGUGCCCCCCUUGUGACUUUGUGAUCCAUCUAAAGUGUACCCUCUUACCACGUGUCAUAAGGAUAUCUCGACAUCUCCAUCGUAUUUGUUCUACGCUUUCUUUUGAUCAAGGAGAGUGGUCUUGUGGUGUUUGUCGCACAAAGAUAGAAAAUGAUUAUGGGGGCUAUUCUUGCAUCAAGAACGAUUGCUAUUAUGCGGCUCAUUCAAGAUGUACCACACAAAGCAAUGUGUGGGAUGGCUUAGAACUUGAGGGAGAGCCUGAAGAGAUUGAAGAAAUAGAAGUUAAGCCAUUCGUGAGGAUAAGCGAUGGAAUCAUACAGUAUUUCAGUCAUCAACAUCAUCAUUUGAGACUUGAUAAGAACACGGGCAGAGAUUACAACGAGAAUAAGCAGUGCCAAGCAUGUGUCAUGCCAAUCUAUUUCGAAUGUCUCAAAGUGUUAUUGAACUUUUUAGCAAAAUCAAGUUUUCUCAUCAAAAUUGCCCUGUCGCAAUUGAUAUCACUACUUUCUCACAAAAUCUCUCUUGGCGACUCUGUAGAUUCGUAUUUGGAAUCCUCAUCACUCAUGAGGCAAACAUUGAACCUCAAGCCGCAGCCAGAGCUCAUGUUACUCAUCCAUCAAAUAAUCUUCCUCGCCUACUAUAUGAAUUCAAAGUUGGAGAAGCUUAUUUCCUUAUGCCCUCAAGUACAAGUAGCAUUGGUUGAAGGAAAAUUUCAAGUGCAUGAAGAAGUCCCAUGGAGCAACAAUAGGAAGUGGUACUGUCUCCCUGGAAGUUGGGACAAAUUCAGGUCUGCUAGAGAAGACGCAACCCAUUUUCUCUGUCGAGGUUGUAGAGGCAAGAACCAUGAAAGAUAUGGAAAGGCUCCAGUUGAAAUCAAACACCCUUUUCAUCCAAAACAUUCUCUUCAGCUUAUCUUAUUGUACAAGUAUAGUGGAACGAGGGAAUGCCAUUGCUGUGGUGAAGAUCUCAUAAAAGUAUUUUAUUAUUGUUCAACUUGUGAUGCUGCUAUGAAUAUAGAUUGUGUGGAGAAACCACCAGUCUUAUCUAUAGACCAUCCAAAGUGGCAUGAUCAUGCGCUGGCUUUGUUUCCAAGACGGGCUUCCUUAACCUGCAAUGCAUGCGCCUUGUCCGAUUCGAGCUCUCCUAUCUAUAUGUGCCCCCCUUGUGACUUUGUGAUCCAUCUAAAGUGUACCCUCUUACCACUUAAGCUAUUCGUGAGGAUAAGCGAUGGAAUCAUACAGUAUUUCAGUCAUCAACAUCAUCAUUUGAGACUUGAUAAGAAUCUUAUUUCCUUAUGCCCUCAAGUACAAGUAGCAUUGGUUGAAGGAAAAAUUCAAGUGCAUGAAGAAGUCUCGUGA